AGGUGACCCCAGGGAUGCCUUUUCGUAAAAAACCUCAGCCGCCUGCAGCCCGCUCCACCGUAAUCGAUCAUAAGGCAAAGAAAUCUGGUCUACGUGGAACAGUAUUUGCAGUCAAUGGAGACAACUACACCGGAGAGUGGCUGGACAACAAGAAACACGGUUGGGGAACCCAGGAGUGGAAGAUGUCUGGUGCUCUUUACAACGGCGAGUGGAAGUUCGGCAAACAAGAAGGACAUGGAAUAUACAGUGCACUUCAACCAGACACGAAGACGUACGCCAUGCAGUACUGCGGCGAGUGGAAAAACGGAAUGAAGCACGGACACGGAUCUUUUUUCUAUGCGAAUGCAGUUUAUGAAGGCGAGUGGAGUGAAGACAACCGUAGUGGUUGAAGAAUGUGCUAUAAGAACGGCGACGUCUACGAGGGGGAGUGGCUGAGGGACAAGGAGCACGGAAUGGGGGUCCUACAGUUUGCGAACGGAAACUGGUACGAAGGAUCUUGGAAGAACGGCAAGAAAGGUGGCCAUGGAAAGUUCUACUAUGCGGACAAAGGUGUGAUUUAUGAAGGUCUUUGGGUGGAGGGUGAUGCAAAAUGUGGCACUCUGUCGGACUUUGGGAGAGAAGAGGCACCUUACCCUACCAAGUAUCCGAUCCCACAGGUAACGCUAAUAGACAUGCGACUGGUUUUAACGGAAGCUGAGUCAGCAUACGCGGAUCAAACAUGACGGCAACAAGUGGAGGAACUAUCUCUUGUACGACUUUGCCACAACGUAGGAAGUAGCAGCACACCCGGCUGUAAAAAGCCACAUACCUUGUUAGUAAUCUGCAAAGACUUGUGGGUAUUUUGCAGUGCGCCAAUUGUUGUCAUACAUCCAGAAGAAGUCAGUGCGGGACAGUCAAUGUUCUGUUAUCUCAAUUUCAUUCAUGCCUUCUCGGACGUUCUUCUCCCUUUGGAGCAGAAAACAGUAUUUCCAGAACAAAGAAAAGUACUGCUGGAAAUUGAAGUUACUCUCUGAGGUCUCAGUCUAGUUUCUUCACACCUUGACACGAGCUUUCACAAAAUAUCCCACUCAUGCAAUAUUCAUUCCCGCUCGGAUAUAUAUAUUAUUUUUUUAUUUUACUCAGGGGGAGGCUCCUCCAAGGCGGGUGCUGGGUGUGUCGUCUCCACUGUUGGGGUGCCUGCUGUUGUGGGGUUGAUGUUUUCAUUGCCUCGUCCUGGAUGGGGUGACCUACGUUGGGUUCCGCUGUGCUUACGGGGCCCAGGUCGCCGUACUUGCGGGGUCCAGGUCGCCGACGGGGCGGGGAGGCUCUCCCCCGUCCAGCCGCGGGGAGGGAGCUGCCCGUUUGACGUGUAGUCUAUCAAUGACUUGGAGGCUGGCUACUUCUCUACCUCUCCUUGCCUUGUUUUCCGACGGGUGUGUCUGUCUGGGCGGUGGGCCCAGUCUCCGGGGCCCGAUCGCUGGCCGGCCGGCCUGCCCGCAUGGGGACGGUGGUCCCUUGCCUCCUGGGCGCCACACUUGCUGCUUUGGGUGGGACUUUCUUUGGUACCCUCACAUACUGGUAAAUAUUGUACGUACAUAC